UGCCCAUGGUGUCUGCUGCGGCCGCGCCUGGGGAUGGCGGGGACGACGGGGGUCCUCUUGGUGCUGCUGCUCUGCGCCUCCCACGCUGCUGCCAGUUGUGGCAUCCAGCAAACCAGCGUUCUAGGAACUUCCGAGGAGGGUCUGGUCAGCGAGAGGGAGUUCCCGUGGGUGGUCUCCCUGCAGAGCUCCCACCACACCCACCUGGCUUUCGGCAGCAUCCUCAGAAGGACGCCGUGGCCAUCGUGGGGAUCGCGAGGAUGAACGCCACGGUGGUUUCUCACGAGGAGUAUCCGGUCAACACCAUCAUCGUCCACGAGGGCUUUGAUAACAGGACGAUGGCCAAUAACUUGGCCCUCCUGAAGACAGACGCGGCCAUGCAGUUCACCGGCCUGGUCCAGCCCAUCUGCUUCCUGGGCGGGAAGCUGUACAUGCCGCUGGCCUCGCGCAACUGCUGGGUGGCCGGCUGGAACCCCACGUUUGCAACGGGAAAGCAGAUGACGAUGAGUAUCCUGAGGAAAAUCUCCGUGCAAGACAUCAACCUGUGUCCCGUAAACGAGUUCCAGAAAACAGGAUGUGGCAGCCACGUGGAGCAGGAGACCGAUACAGUCUGCUUGGGGGACCCGGGAAACCCGCUCAUGUGCCAGCUGCAGGGGCUGGACCUGUGGGUGCUGAGAGGGAUCCUGACUCAGGGGGGCGAGAAGUGCCCUGGCCUCUUCCUGUACGUCAAGGUGGAGGACUACAGCGACUGGAUCACGUCCGAGACGCAGACGGACAGCCUUCUCCCCCUGUCCAUGUUCCACCACUACCACCACCACCAGGAGAACGCGGCCCCUGCCGAGGGCCCCUCGGCGCCCACCAUGGAGGCGCAGCUCCAAGAGCCAGCAAACAUGACCCUCUUCAUGGCCAGAUCUCCGUGGCCGGAGAACAGCUCUUUGGAGGGCGCAGGACCCCGGGGGAAGGGCGUGAGGGAUUCGGGCAGCUCUCCGGGGGAGGGGAGGGGGAGGAGGAGGCGGCCCAGCCCGCGUACUAUGACUAUUACAGUGAGCAGGAGGCCGGGCACGGGGCGUCCAUUUCGGGUCAGAACGGGUUGCAUCAGCCCCAAGAAACGCUCUUGCUUUGCUCUGCGCUUGUUUUCUUUUGGAACGCUAGAGAGUCUGGGAGCUAACCCCCCGCCCACGGAAGAGUAGGCUCAGAGUGCUGAGUGCCCGGCCCCCGCCACGCCGCGUGGGUGCCUGAUCGCUGCACGCCCGGCUGCCCCGGCCCAGCCCGGCCCGCGGCCCGCCCUCCUCUGUCUCACUGCCCCGUGCUCCCACGGCACCGUCAUCUGUGCUUUGAACUAAAGGUGGGCUAACGAGUCAAACCGUGAGAGUGCCCUGUGGUUCUUUCAGUGUCAGCGCUUCCAGGGGCCAGGCUGGGACCCGGCCCACCACAGGCCGACGGGCCGGGGAGGUGGCCGCUGGCCUGGCCGGAGAGUCGGGGACACCAGUCGGCACGGGGAACAGAGAGAGGCCCCUGUGAC